AUGAAGAAUGCAGUUCAGCUGAAUAUGAUCUCAGUAUUUUCCAUCAACUCCAUUCAAAUUUCUCACCUCCAAUUUAUAGUGUUUCUUGAUGGCACUGAAGAAGAAGCUGAAAAUCUCUUUAUCCUUCUGCGGAUAUUUGAAGCUAUAACUGGCUUGAGUGUAAACUAUAGCAAAGGUACAAUUAUAAGCAUUGGUGCAAAUCAUAAGGUUCAAUCUACUGCUGAAAUUUUGAAGUGCAGAGUGGAGUCUCUUCCUUUAAAAAAAUACUUGGGCAUGUCUAUUGGAGCAAACUCUAGAUGUAGUGCCAUUUGGGAUUCAGUUAUUGAAAAGUUUCAAAAGAAACUAGCUCCAUGGAGAAGAAAAUUCUUCACUAAAGCAGGAAGGACAGGUGAUCAAACACUAAAAGAUAGAUUCCCAAAUAUCUUCAAGCUGGCAACAAAGAGAGAUGCUUCACUUCAAGAGAUGGUGACUAAUGGGACAUGGAAUCUACAUCUAAAAAGAAAUCUCACACAACAAGAAAACCCAGAGAUACUUCAGCUAUUUGCAGUCUUGGGCUCUCCACCAGCUCUUAAUGAUGCAACAGAAGAUGAUCUCAUUUGUAAUGCUCCAGGAGGCUUUAAAGCCCAACUUUGCUAUAACUGGUUAAUUGAGAAGUUACCAGAAUCUCUGAAUGCAGUUCCUUACUCCUGCACAUGGGUGCAGUUUGUGCCACCAAAAAUUCAAUAUUUCAUGUGGACAGCUGCUCAAAAUGCCAUUCCUACAGUUGAUAACUUGCUCAGAAGAGGCUGUCAAAUUCAAACUGCAACUUGUGAUCUCUGCAACUCACUUCCAGAAUAA